UUUCGAGAAGUUUAAAAAGUGUCAAAGAAGAAAAGUGGUAGGACUACCGAAACAUACGUUUGCAAAAAAUUUACGAAACUUUCAUCAGGAUUUUUCUGAAUGCUACCAGUUUCAUCGCCGAUUCCAUAUCGUUCCAUACUUAAGCUGUGAGGAAGAAAAACUUUAUCGAGGACUGGUAUACAUUGAGUUGCCUGUUGCAUAAACACGGUUACCACGCGACUGUGAAGUGCACCCUUACACGCAGAUACGUCCCUGAAAAUUUGUCUGACAAGACGGAAUCUGUUAGUUUUAUAUUUGCAAGGAAAUCGAAUUAAGGGAAUCCUAAAGUGAUACUAAAGCAGAUUCUGUGCGGUGUGUGUUGUGUAUACAAUCAAGGAUAUUCUUUAAUAUAAUCUUUAAGGACAUUGAUCCAUACGGAGUGUUUACGUUAUAUUAAUGCUUCUUUGGGGAAACCGAGGAUUUGUCCGAGGCGCUGUGUCGUAUUUGUGUAUCGCCCUUUAUCACCGAUUAAAAACUUUGUGUUUUCCACCUUAAAGUGGGGUUAGUGCAGAUUUCACGCAGUGAGGAAAGAUGACAGCGAUGCUAGUAUCCGUGGCUGAGUUGUCGAACAUUUUCUCUGUUCUUGCAGUGUUGAUAUGUUUCUGCGGAGUUGUCUUAUUUAUCAUGAGGAACAUGAUGGUACUUCGGUUGCAUGGCGAUGAUCUGAUGUUCGGCGGAAAUGGCGGUGUCAUGACGCAUUCCCCUCGAAUUCCCCAAAUGAAGAUGAUGAAGGUUCACAUACCGUUCACUUUCAAACUUCACGAGAGCUUCAAGAGCACCUACGCGGAAGUCGAAUGCGAGGUAUCCAGCCAGGUGGAGUAUUCACUGCAAGCGAUUUGGGGCGUUAGCAUAAGAGAAUUGCACCUGGCAUUAUGGAGGCCAUGGAAUGCCCUGAGGGACGCAUCUUUGAAUGGCACACUUCUUCAAGGACACGCGCAGUACCUUACGCCGCCACAAACUAAGCAACCACACGGAGAGGAAACGCUUAGGCUGUCCCUCCCAGCUCCGGAAUUGCAGCUCGGUACUCCGCCACGUCUCUGCUAUCCUCUCGUGAUUUUUCUCACACGCAAAGACAACAGAGAUCCGCAUCCUGACGAGACGGUGGCGCUGGUGAACGUUGUUCACAUUAAGGAUAGCGUCUGUACAUUGCCAACUUCAAUAUUAGCACAGUAUCUGAAACAAGCGAACGGCCAAUUAUCCUGUCUCAAGCAACUCUACCUGGCUACUGGUAAUUCCACUAGCUACGAAGAUGACAUGUCCACUGGUUUGGGGCCUGCACUCGCCCUCGCAGAACCGUGCAACAACAGUGGUAACAAUGCGAGAGGCGCAUUGGUAGCUUCCGGCGUUGGAGAUACGGAAGGUUCACUUUGGAAUUCAGCAGGCGAGCAGCUCUGCGUAGUUUGUCAGUAUUUUCCUUUGUCGAGAGCGUUGCUGCCCUGCAGGCACACCUGCAUCUGCGCUUCGUGUUUCGGCAAGUUGGACAGAUGCCCCAUGUGUCGAAGCCCCAUCAAGAGUUACUUCUGUAUACGUGGCGAGGAAUACAUGCCACCGGAAAAGGAAGUGAAUCCUUGCAAGCAAAGACAGAGCGCCCAUGGCGCGUCGCACUGGCUGCACGACUGGAAUGAUCGACUUACCGAUUUCUUGGGAUUCGCACGGUAGACCUUGUCUUACCUCAUGUUCACCGAUGAUGAAGACGUCUCAUUCGUUCGCAGAAAUCUCGGAUGUGUUUCGGACCGUUCUAAUGUUUCGACUGUAUUGUACACACCGUUUUACCUUAAAUGAAUCGUCGUCAAUGUUCGCAUGUCUGAUUGGAAGAAACUUUUAAACUUAAAUUACAGAUAUUUUUUUAAUAUUUGGAUCUCAAGCGUGUGUCUCGAUGGACCAGGACAACGUUGGCUCCGACGUGAGAUUGUUUGCUCUUGGUACUCUAGAGUGAAACUGUUGAGACAAAUUAGUUAAUGAUUAACGUGUAUAUGAAGAAAAGUGGUAGUGAGAUAUAGUGAGAGAGAAAUAAGAGAAGAAUUACCAGGAAGAAUGUAUAUAGUCGAAGAACCUUAUUCAGUAGCUGUAAGACAUGGCCGAAGCAAUCUCGAGUUUCUUACUUCCAACUGACCAGUUGUUUGUAGCUUGAUGGCUGCAGAAAGAUCAAUUGGAUGGAACUUCUGUUUAUUCUUAAUUUUGUAUUCGAUAAACAGCAAACGAGCAGAAGUAGAUUUCGUUUUGGUCUGAUAUUUUGAAUACAUUAUUAUCGUAUCGAUUGUAAUUUAAUGAUUCUUGAAAAAAUUAUGGGCCCAUUUCAGAUGCAAGAUCAUUAAAGUUAUAUUGAUAGCAGUUUUUCAAUUUCGAAUAAUUUUUAUGGAAUGAAACGACGAUUUUUCAUGUAUAAAUUUAUCGUAUAAGCUUUACUUCGAGAAUACACACUUUGCUUCUGUUAUCUGAAUAGCAAAUUUUGUUUACGCAGGAUAAUAUUUAACCCAUUCAGCCGAAAUAAUGAGGUACACUCGCAACGUACACAGCAAGUACGAGAAAAAAAAAAGUGGCGGUCGAAUGGGUUAACCGUACUCGAACACUUUUUUCUUUGUUGGCCCAAACAAUUUAUCUUAGUUUGUUAACUUAAUGAAUAUUCUACGAUAGUUGAUUUAGCUGGAAAAGAAAACUUUCGUUUUGUAUUUGAUAGAUGAAAAUGGUUUGAGACGAGCAGGUGACAACGAUUGCUGAGAUAACACGAUGAAAUAUAUUAGAAUUUAAGUUGUAAAUACACAGACUGUGAUAAUCCUGAUGAUAUCUUUAUAAUUGUGGAUUUCACUUCCAUAGGAGGUGGUUAGUUUAAAAAAAAGGAAGGCACUCAAAAGCAACUUGUAAUAAUUUUGAAUAAUUUAUUUUAACGAAUAACAGAACCGAACUCACAGCCUCGUGCAUAGUUUCAAUCAGAGUUUACAAAGAUUUGCGUUAACGUUUAACUUCGUGAAAGUGUAACAGAAAGUUACAGAUGUGGCAAACCUGUAAAUACGUUUCAUAAGUAAUAGCCACGACCUAUGAUAUCAACGUAUUUUAUUAGGAUAACUUUAAAUGCCCUAUUAAUUUAUGUGAUAGUUUAAUAUUCCAGUGAUGAGACGUAACGCUCUACCUGUAUACGAAAAUUUGUACAUAAUUUAUUUAAUAAAUAGUGGUAUUCGAAUUCAUGUA